ACCCCACCCCCGUAAGCGUAACCGGUUGUCCUCUGCGAAAAUCUGACUUGUCUUGAGUUUAGAUCAGGAAGAUGGCAAAAAAGUAGACGUCGAUUUACCAGAGUCUAACUAUGGCAACUUCAACCAACCAGAAAGAAGAAGUUGUCUCGGUCUCAGAAGAUCCUUCUAUAGACAUUAAAAAGAAAUCAGAAUCAGAAGAAACCAAAGAAAGCCAAGUGAAGCAUGCAGCAGAACAGAAUUCUACAGAUGUUGGAGAAGGUAGCACAGCGGCAGAAGUUCUUCCAAUCCCAGACACAUGUAUUGAUCAUCUCACUCAAGGGUUGUUGGAUGCGAUACUCCCUCACUUCCAGAAACAUGAUGAAUCACUUUCAGAGCUUACGAGAAACCAAGUUCUACUGAUUGAAACACUCCAGCAAGAAAACAGAAAGUUUUCAGAGAACAAAGUAGUUGAUGAUCUUACUAAAAUGAUGCUUGAAGCCAAGGUAUACCAAGGAAAGUUGACAGCCAUCAAAAAAGAGAUGACAUCAUUACAUGAAAAGUCUAACAAGUUAAAGAAAAGAGCAUUAAAGCUACAACAACAAAAGAUGAAAGAAAAUCUGGAGAAAGAACAACAAAGAGAAAGAGAGAUUGAAGAGGACAGAAAGCUGACAGCAAAAAGACCAACAACCUCUUCAUCAAACAAGACUGCUCCACAUAGGUAGCCAUGAAUUCAGACUUAGAAUGUACCAACACCAAAUACUAUGUGCAACAUAAAUAGAGAGAUGAAUUAGUAUGUAGGAAUCAUAUUUAAAUACCUUCUUGUGUCUAAAAUAAUAUGGACAGCCAUCAGUGCCAUUAUUAUUAAUCUAAAAAAGUGUCUCAUCAUUGGGCUCCCCCGAGAAAAUUUGGUGCAUGUCUCAUUAAUAUUACCAAUCACCAUAUUCCUUUUUGUUCACAAAGGUCCAGUGCAGUUGCCUUCUCGAUAUUUAAUGAUGGCACCGCUGGCUUUCCAUAAUAGAAAUUGACUUUGAGCCUACCUUUUAGAGACAGAUUCUCAGACUGUUUUAAGGAAACAUUGAUAGAUGAAUAUGAUGGAUUCAUAAUUGACAGCACCAUCUACUCAUGCCAGUGUGUGGUUAGUUUUUAUGUUGCCCAAAUGGAAACAAAUGUAAACUAAAAUAAAUAGUGGUGGAAUUUUAACAUACCUUCAGAGAUAAGGGUUGUUGAUCAGAUGUUGUACCUUUUUAUUGAAUGUUGACAAAACUUAUUCUGGAUAAAAUUGAAAAAGAGAAAAUCUUACUGAUCCUUCCAACUAUUUGAUCGUUUUCAUUUUGUUGCAUGGCAUUGAUUGAAAGAUGUGAAUGUGUUGCAUCAAAUGCAAUUGUUCUGUGCACUUAGUGGAGAUUGAAGCAUUCCAGACAGUAUAUUUGAUGUGUUUGUAGAGUACCGAUCUUGUAAACAGUACUGCAGAUUUAAAGAGCAUGUUAAUGCUCAUCAGAAUUGUUCUGAUUCUGAAAAUUUCAUGAUAAUUCAGAAUAUUUUAUUCGAUUUGGAAGUUAUAUAUUUUUUACAACUCUGGUCGGCGGCCAAAUAAUGAUUAAUAAUAUAAAAAGAAUGAAAAUUAACUUUGCUUGUAAUGCUACUAUCUUAUUGUGCUAACAAAGUAAUUGUCAAAAAAUUAUUACCCACUCUUAAAAAAUUAUACGUAUUAACUUGAACAAUUAUAUAAAUAUGACUUUUAUUUAAUUCAAAAAUUUCACCACCUAUUGGAUUUGAUUUUUAUUUACCACUUUAACUGCUGUGUAAUUAAUUCCAUGAAAUGUAAAGAAAUUUCCAUUUGUUCUGCAGAGAGAUAUGAGGAAAAACGUAAGCAGUAAUGCAGGUGGGGCUACUCAUACAGCACAUUUUGCUUUUCAUAUUCAGUACUUUAUCUGUCAUCUGUCUGUUAAUAUUCAGUGUGACAACAACACAAUUUUCCUUCAUUUGAAGACAUGAUGCAUUUUCAUACUUUAUAACCCGGACCUUCUUAAUUUAACUCUAAAUCUUAUAUAGCUCUAACAUCUAUACUAAAAAUCCAAAUCUGUUCUGUGAUAAACUGUCAUAUAUUAUAUACUCUUCAAUUUUGGUAGAGGAAUAUUGUGAAUUCUUUCAAUUUGACAUGCAAGGAGAGUGACUUUUCUGUAGGAGUAAAAUUGUCAAAAAUAUGACACGACCCAUGAAAUAUAGACAGUAUGAGCUUCAAGCUGGGAUCUCAAAAGUUUUGUGUGCACUCUGAAAUAAUGAUAACAGUUGUUUUAGUAAUGAAUCAUUUACUCUUUUUCCUAUUAAUGGGUAUUGAUGAAUGUUCCAUCCAUUGUGUAUUUGUGAAAAAAAAAUCAAUCCACUUGUCUUCCAUUUUUCUUACUUUUAAGAUUUACAAAUGUGUGUUCAUAAUUAUGUGAGUUAUGGGGCAAACAUGAUUAUAUAAUUAAAUAUAAUUAUUCAAUUAUUUGUUAUUGAAUAAAAGAUGGAAGGGCCAUCAAUUAGAUUCUGUAAAAUUCACAUAUAUAUAUUGCAUUAGCAAGAAACAUUAAUGAUUUCUGGCAAGUUUGAUCUGAAUAUUGCUCUAGAGAUGUUAAAAACGGGGGAUUAAGAUGCUUAAUCUCUAUCAACUAAAUACAUGUAUGUCUUACCGAAUAUGAUUUCAUUAUAUUUUUCAUUGCAAGAUUUCAUCAAAUUUUAAUUUUGAUUAGAUGAACAUUUUUCUUUUAAUGUAAUGAUACAGAAUCCAUGACAAUUAGACCUUCUUUCCGUAACGGUUGUGCUUGUUUAACUUGUUUCAUUAAUGCAUAUGAGAGUAAUUAUCGUAUGAAUAUUUGUGAGAAUUUUAGAAGUUAAAUGUGCAAUAUAAUACGGUAUCUUGAUCUGACAGUAUACUUGACAUAGCUGAGGCAUAAGUUUUGACUGCAUGCAUCAUUUGUCUAGCUUUCUUUCUUUGCUUGUCUAGAAGUUUUUAAAGGAAAUGGCACAUUUUCUUUGCCCUCUCUUUAUUGAAAUCCUGGCUCCAUAUCACUUCUCAACGUGGGAAUGUAUUGUUGUUAUCAUAUGCAGUGAACUGAUUAUAGUGAAAGAAUCAAUCUUGAUUUGAUUUGAUGGUGCAAGCUUGGGAUGGUGACUGGAAGGGAGUUUUGUAAUGAAAGUGGAAAAUGAAAGCAACAUAACAAAGUUGAGCUAAUUCUUACUGGAAAAUAAAAUGAUGAUUUUGUUGAGGCUUUGAUCAACUAUUACAAAUUAGCAACUCUAUGAUGUAUUAUGCAACAGUUUCAAUGCGACAAUGCCUGUAAUUUACCAGUUGCAUGAAAUGAUGUAUUUGUUAUUUGAGAUGGUUCAUUGUUUUUCUGAGCAGUUACAGAGGAAGAAAUAAAUUUGAAAUUUUUGUAUUUUGGGUACAUAUUGAAAUUGCACUGUUUUUUAAGGUGUGUUAGAAAUAAUAAUUUUAAAAAAGGGAUUUUAGUACCUGGCUAAUUAGAAAUGGAUUAUCACAAAGUGUCUAAUAUUUUUUUUUUUUUUACUGUAGUAUUUUCACUCAAGAUAUAUCAAAUUUACUUUUCUGGCCAUAUUUUUGUUGUAAUUCAAACAAAUUUACCUUAUAUGGUAGGAUUCCCCUUCAGCACUCUGAGAAAUUGCAAAUAUUAUGGCCCAAUAUCACAAAGAUGGUUUUGAAUCUGUGGUCUGAAAACAUGUUUUUAUGCAGAUUUCAACCAUUAAUUACACAUAAAAAUUUAACACGUGUAAUUAGAAGUUCCUGUAAUGAAUGCACACUUUUGUCACAGGGCACUAGAUGUAUACUUGUUUCCAUGGUUGAGACAACUAUGUAUGUUAAUUGAUUUUUUUUUGUACACAGUGGACUCGAAGUAUACCAACAAGUCAAGGGUGAAUUUAGCACUAUGUUGCAAACGCUUGCAGUCAUUAUUUGACCUUUCCUCAACAUAUAUGCUAUAUGAAGCAUAAUUUGUAUUUUUAUAAACCAUUGUCUUAGACCACAUUCAAUACUAUCUACAUGUAUGUGAAAUCAGGACCCACACAUUUUGAACAAGUAAGAUCUCAACGCAAGCAGUGCAAAUGUCUUAUAUCAUGCCAAACCUAAAAUGUAUGCAUUAAAUGCUGACAAGAAAAUUGGAUCAUAUGUCCACAGUGAGUUACAUGUUGGCUUAUGAAAUGAAAGAUGUAUAUAUAUAUUUGUAGGUAUUGGAAGUGUCAUAUAUUCAAUUUUGUUGAAUUGAAAUAAAUUUUGUGAAUAAAUGAGAUUUUUAUACAUCCACCGAA